AUGAAGGUAUUUAUUAGUUCUUUAAAUGUCCCUAUAGGAUAUUCAACUCCACCAUUUCCAUCAUUAUUUUGGCCUUUAGGUCCAAAUCAAGAAAGUUAUCAAGCUCUGUUCUUAUAUUAUUCCUCUGAUAUGUGGAUAUUCACCGUCUAUUGGACAUUGAUUGUGUUUGGAGUAUUUUAUUUUGGGGCAGGGUUAAUUGCGGUUUAUCAUAAUUGGUUAAGUGAUAUUCAGCAUGGGUUACCGAUAAAUAAAUUAUCGAUUAUAGGAGGGAUUAUAACUGUUCCGUUAUUUCUUCUGAUAGGGUUAAUACGAGGGUUUAUAAGUAGUGCUAUCAUUGGAUUAUUAUUAAGUUCGAUAUAUAGAGCUGGAACUUUAACUAUGAGUACUUGGAUUCCAUUAACUUGGGCUAUAGCUCAAAUCUUAUAUGAUGUUAGUUCAGCUUAUCUGACAACCUUAGUAAUAUUGUAA